CCCAAAAAUUUUCACAUAAAACCGGCCCAAAUCCACUUCUUAUUCAUUCCGCUCUUCCACUUUUCCUUGACAAGUCGAAGAAAGUAUAGCCGUCAACCAUGUCUUCUGCCUCUAACUCCAAAAACCACCUGCUUCUUCUUUAUGAUCGUCCCCAAGAGCCCGUUUUCGUGGCUAAAGGUGACAAGAAAUCAGUCUUCAAAGUGCCCAACAACUAUCUUUCUGAUAGAUACAAGCCCUUGGGGGUCGCCCUCCAGAGCCGUUUUGGAGAAGAAGCUGGGGAGGAAAUUGACGUUAAAAAUAUCUCUUUGCCAAACUUGGGCGAUAUAACAUCCAUUGGUCGACAUGAAAACUUCUCGCUCUUUAUCCCAAAGCACCGGAGAUUGGCAGCGAAACUCAUCAACAUCUUCUUGGGUAUGAGGAACGUGGAUGACCUUCUUGCUUGCUGCGUCUACGCCAGGGAUAACGUAAACCCUUACUUAUUCAACUACUGUCUAUCGGUUUGUCUUUUGCAUCGUGAAGACACCAGAGACCUGGAUCUACCAUCCAUCAUCCAUUCUUUCCCAGACAAAUACGUCGACAGUUCCGUAUUUACCAGAGCUCGUGAAGAAGCUACUAUCGUACCAGAUGGAUCUAGGACACCUAUCGAGAUACCUCGGGACUACACUGCGUCAGACUUAGAAGAAGAGCAUCGCGUCGCUUACUUCCGAGAAGAUCUAGGCAUCAACCUCCACCAUUGGCACUGGCACUUGGUUUAUCCCUUUGAUGGACCUAGAGACGUCGUAAACAAGAACAGAAGGGGUGAAUUGUUUUUCUACAUGCACCAACAGAUAAUAGCAAGGUACAACUUCGAACGUCUUUGCAACUACCUAAAACGCACGGAACGUCUGCUGAACCUUAGGGAACCCAUCAAGGAAGCUUAUUUCCCUAAACUUGACAGUUUGGUCGCCAGCAGAAGCUAUCCAGCCAGGGUGGCCAACCAGACCAUCAGCAAUUUGAACCGAGAGGUUGAUCAAAUCCACCAGGACAUCGACGAUAUGGAGAGGUGGAGAGAUAGGAUCUUCGCAGCAAUCCACCAGGGAUACGUCGAAACUGAGAAUGGCCAACGGGUGACUCUGACUGAAAAUGAAGGUAUAGAUAUUUUGGGUAACAUGAUGGAAUCAAGUAUUCUCUCGCCAAACAGGACUUUCUACGGGGACUACCACAACAUGGGACACAUAUUCCUUUCUUACAUUCACGAUCCUGACCAUAGACAUCUCGAAAGCUUCGGAGUUAUAGGAGAUUCCACCACUGCCAUGAGAGAUCCUGUCUUCUACAGGUGGCACGCCCACAUCGAUGACAUCUUCCAGGAGUUCAAGGCUACAAUCCCUUCGUAUCCAGUAGAUCAGCUCGCUUACCAAGGUGUAACAAUCAACAGCAUCGAGAUACAAUCUCAAGGCUCCCCCGCGAACAGAAUUAGCACAUUCUGGCAACAGUCAGACGUCGACUUAUCCAGGGGCAUGGACUUCCAGCCCAGAGGACCAGUUUUUGUAAGAUUCACUCAUCUGCAGCACCAGGAAUUCAACUACAGGAUCACCGUGAACAACCAAGGGGGAAGCAGGAUGGGAACAUGCAGGAUUUUCCUGGCUCCCAAAUUCGAUGAGAGGGGUAAUCCUUGGUUGUUCAGAGACCAGAAGAAUAUGUUCAUCGAGCUGGAUAAGUUCCCCGUGAACUUGAGAUCUGGACAAAACACCAUUACGCGUUCAUCCAUGCAAUCUUCCGUCACUAUUCCUUUCGAGAGAUCGUUCAGGGACUGGGACACCAACAGGCCUCAAGGAGGAGACCAGCUGGCACAAUUCAAUUUCUGCGGAUGCGGGUGGCCUCACCACAUGCUAAUACCGAAAGGUACUGCUGACGGUUACCAGUGCCAACUUUUCGUCAUGAUCUCCAACUAUACCAACGACCACAUCGAGCAAGACACCACUGGAACGUGCAACGAUGCGUUCUCUUUCUGUGGUUUGAAAGACAGGCUGUAUCCCGAUCGUAGGUCAAUGGGUUAUCCCUUCGAUAGGACACCACGCGAAGGAGUGAGAACCCUUCAACAGUUCCUAACUCCGAACAUGAGGGUGCAAGACGUCGUCAUCCAGUUCACUAACAGAACCGUCAGACCCAGAAGCAACAACUGAAUGAAUCAUAGAAUUUUGUCUAUGGAAUACAUUUUGUAUAACCAUAGAUGUUUAAGGAUCGCAAGUUUUUCGAAAUAAAUUGAUGCAUAGAA